GCCCGCUGGAACCGGCGCAUCGGGCUACAUCAAACUUCUCUGAAACGAAUCACCCCGAUUCUACCUCCUCGCCUCAUCCACCCGCAUCCAAAAUGCCGGUCACUGCCCCCGCCCUCCAGUACAUCACGAAGCGGCUCGAAUCCGCGCCCGACCCGGAGAAAGCGACUCUCACUGAAAUCAAGGAUCUCUACGACAACAAGCUCUGGCACCAACUCACGGAGAAAGUGAAAGAUGUCGUCGACAACGCCCCGAUCCCCAACAUGCGUGACCUCUACCUGCACUUUCUCAAGACUCUCGAGAAAAACCUCAACCCCGUAACCCUGGUCCAAAUCGUCACGCGCAUCGUCCAAACCGAGUUGGACGCAUCUGCGAAAGAUGGCCUCGCCUUCCUUACCCCUUUGCUCGGCGCCGAAAACCAGCCCACCGUCUUCACUAAAAACCCCGAAGCCCACGUCCUUCUCCUCAGCCACGUCGCCUCGCUCCAGAUGAAGGAUUCGGACAACCCCGCCUCGAAGCGCACUUUCGAAAAGGCCUCGGAAAUUGUCACGAGCAACGACAUGACCGCACAAGUCUACUCGGUCUACUACCGCGCCGCUGCCGAGUACCACAAAGUCGUCGGGACCGCCGCUGACUUUUUCCAGAACGCGCUCCAGUUUCUUGCGUACACGCCUGCACACUCUAUUUCCAUCGACAGUCAGCAGCAGUGGGCCUUUGAUAUCGGCAUGGCCGCGCUUGUCGGGAACGGCAUUUACAAUUUCGGUGAGGUCCUUUCCCACGCUAUCGUCCAUUCUUUGCGUGGAACGGAACAGGAGUGGUUGCUGCUGCUCUUGGAGGCUUUUAGCACCGGGAAUCUAGACCAGUUUGAUGCCGUGUGCAGCGCAUCCUCUGAUAAGAUGGUCGAGCAGCCCGUUCUUGUAGCCAACGAAGAAUUCCUGAAGCAGAAGAUCACGAUUUUGGCGCUGCUGGAAUUGGCCUUUUCGCGAUCGUUGGAACAUAGCAUCUCGUUUGAGGAUGUGAAGAAGGCGUGCCGCUUGCCGCCCAGGGAGGUUGAGUAUUUGCUCAUGAGGGCGAUGAGCCUCGGGCUCAUUUCUGGUGUCAUUGACAAUGUCGAUGAGCGGUUUACAGUCACCCGAGUUAGACCUAGAGUUUUGGGGCGGGAGCCGAUCGGGCAAAUGGCCCAAAGGCUGUCAAAGUGGUGUGGUAAGGUUGACAAUACGAUAAACUUUGUCGACGGUAGCAGCAUUGGUAUCGCCGAAUAAAAAAUUGUAUAGGUGCUGUG